AUGGCACGUGCCGCUACCACAUCUUUGCUGCCCUGCUUGCUCUCCCCGCCGCCGUCCACCACCGCCUCUGCUCGCGCUCGUCUUAUCUCGCCGCCGAUGCCGUCCAGCGCCACCCCCUUUGCCCGUGCUUGUCUUUUACGACGAGCAUGUGCAUGCCUCCUCUUGUCUCGCCACCGCCGCCGUCCAACACCGCCUCUGUCUGUACUCGUUCAAGACAAGCACAUGCCUGUCCUUCUCCCACCAUCUCCGCCCGCGCUCAUCUUGUAUGACGAGUACAAGCACGGCCUCGCCUCGUUUGGUCUUGCCGCCGCCGCCCACCACCACCACCUCUGCCCACGCUCGUCCUGUUAG